AUGUCGAUGCCUCUUUUCUCCACUGGUCGUUCAGCCAUGAGACUCCAUGUGUUUCUCUUCACACUCCUCUUUUUGACACUCUUAUCCCCAGUAAGAAGUGGUAUGGCUUCUGCUGAAAACCAUUGUCUAAAUCUGUCUGGCAUUUGCAGAAGAGACAUCUGCAAAAUCACAGAGGAUCAGACUGGAGCCUGUAAAGGAAGAUAGAAGUGCUGUAGGUCUUGGUGGAUUCUGGUUCCGAUUCCAACCCCACUUAUCUAUUCAGAUUAUCAAGCACCCCUCAAGCAUAAGUUGAAAUGA